AUGUAUAAACAACUAGGUUUAGUUUUGAUUUUUUCUGUGAUAUACACCAGUGCUGUUGCACCAAAACUUAAUGCUAAGGUGUAUGAACUGAAUAUACAGAAUGAUCAACAAGCCCAAAUAGUUCUAUCAUUUGAAGGAAAACAUGGUUUUGAUAUUUGGGAAUUCUCUAAAAUCUCAGGCCAAAAAACUCGUGUUAUGGUUUACAAUGAAAAAUGUGAUUUGUUCGAAGAAUCUUUACGAGCUGUCUCUUUGGAUUACGAAAUAACCAUAAACGAUGUGGCGAAAACACUCGAUGAAGAAGUUUCAAGAAAUUUGGAGCUUUCAAGAGCAGAAAAAGGAAUAACAUUUACAGCUUACCAUCGUUAUGGCGAGAUGAUCGAGUAUAUGAGAAAUUUGACUAAAACAUAUCCCACUUUAGCAAAAAUCGAAAAUGUCGGACUCAGCUAUGAGAACCGCACAAUGUACGCCUUAAGAAUAAGUAAUAGUACAUCUAAUAAAACCAAGCCUCAAAUAUUUAUUGAUGGAGGCAUCCAUGCCAGGGAAUGGAUUGCUCCUGCAGUCGCUCUUUAUAUAAUGAACCAGCUUCUAGAGCACCAGGACCAAAAUAGAAAAUUAAUAGAAGUAGCCGACUGGUUGAUUUUGCCUGUAGUUAAUCCUGAUGGGUACGAAUACACGCACACCACGAAUCGUCUUUGGCGUAAAACAAGAAGCAUUUUAAAAAAUACAACAUGCAUUGGGGUAGAUGGCAAUAGGAACUACGGUCACCAUUGGGGAGGACCAGGUUCGAGCAAUGACCCAUGUUCUGAUGUCUACAGUGGUGUGAAAGCAUUUACCGAACCAGAGGUCCGUGUAGUACGAGAUCUCUUGCUUAAAGAAAACAGCACAAAAAUAUAUUUGACUUUACAUAGUUAUGGAAAUUUGUUCCUGUACCCAUGGGGCUAUACCACAGACCUCCCAAAGGAUUGGGAACGUUUGCACAAACUGGGAACGCAAGCAGCUUUGAAAAUCAAAGCGGUUAAUGGAACUAUAUAUACUACUGGCAGUUCUGCAUUAGCACUUGGAAUGGCAGCAGGCAGCAGCAGAGACUUUGCCAGAGGAGCAGCAAAUAUCUCCACGCCUUAUACAGUAGAAUUACCUGCAGGCGGUCAAUCAGGCUUUGAACUACCACCUAGCAAAAUCUUGUCUGCAUCUCAAGACAUAUUCGCAGGCAUAAGAUAUUUAGCAGAAAAUAUUAAUUCUUAA